GGGGGAUCGAGGACAUGACGAUCGACGACGACAAUUCCGUAUACGUCGGCGGACUUCCUUACGACGCCGACGAAGAAAGCAUUCGCCGCGUCUUUGAUCUCUACGGUCACGUUGUUGCCGUCAAGAUAGUUAAUGACCACGGGAUCGGCGGCAAAUGCUAUGGCUUUGUUACCUUCACAAAUCCUCGAUCUGCGGUGGAUGCCAUCAAUGACAUGAAUGGAAGGACUAUUGAUGGGCGAGUUGUGAAAGUAAAUGAAGUGAAGACCAGAGGUGGAAGAUCAAAUUUUAGUCGUGAAAGUUUUCGGCGUAGUUCUGAGAGGGGGAACCGGGAUAGAGGCAGAGAUCGUAUUCGGGAUUAUGAUCGGGGUGAGGACCGGCAUUGGGGUAGAAACAGAGACAGGUCCGGAGACCCCGAUCAAGAGAAGGAAAGAGGAGGACAUGACCGCGAACGUGAUGUUGAUCGGACAAGGAAUCGGUCGAUGGAUAGAGAUAUAGAUCAAGAGAAGGAAAGAGGACAUGACCGCGGACAUGAUGUUGAUCAGACAAGGGACCGGUCGAUUGAUAGGGAUAUAGAUCAAGAGAAGGAAAGAGGACAUGACCGGAGACGUGAUGUUGAUCGGACAACGGACCAGUCAAUGGAUAGAGAUAUAGAUCGAGGUCAAGACAGAGAAGGGGAGGACAACGAGCAAGCAUACGAUAAGAAGCGGACUCGGGAGUGGGAAAGAGACCGUGAAUUAGAUGGGAGUCGAGAUAGGCAGAUGCAAAGAAGCAAUGAUCAUCAUAAAAGUGGAGGCAAGGACAAAGAUCAAACAUUGAAGAAACUGAAUGGUUACGAUUUCCGCGGCCGACAUGGUAGGGAGCUUUCAUCAGAAUCAAGUGACGAUGAUUAUGAUGAGGUGGAAAAACAACUGGAAUUUUCAAACCAACACCUUGAAGAGCUUCAAAAGCAGAUAUCUGAGUUGGAAGACUUGGCAGAGGAGAAACGACAACUUAUUACAAACUUUCAAGAGAAAUCCCAGAAAUUGGAGGAUGCAUUGACUGCUGCUAAGAAGCUUUCCUCUCACCGUCGGAUGCAGUUGACCAAGCUUCAUAGAUCUUUUGUGCACGUAAAGGACUACAACGAAAGGCUUAAAAGUGCUGAACAGGAACUUGAGUCUCUUGUCGAUGCAACAAUGAUAGAGGUUGAUGUUGGCAAUGAUACUGGUGGAAGGGGUCUAGCAAAUGGCAGUGCUUGACAGCACGGUGGGGAACAAUAGCCAUUUUGCAUUUACUAAGCAGUGGCCUGAUGUGAAGCCUUUUUCUGUAUUCAGGUUGUGUUUGACCUUAUUUUCUUCCUUGUAUUGUAUGCUCAAACCUGAUUUCUGACAGAUUUCAUUAGAGAUUAGGUUUCGUGCUUAACCUUAUUUUUGUUGUGUAUGUAUGCUCAGACCGUAUUUCUGACUGAUUUCUUUAGGGAUUAUCGGCAUAUUUAGCGUCA